AUGGAUAUCAACUUUGUUCUCAACAAUUCUCCAUCUUCGAAUAUUCCCCAAAGGUCCGCCGAUACUGCCUUCAGUAACAGUAGCAUUGGAGGUAUCUCUGGUUACAAGAAUAGGCCCCAGGAUCAUAUGGCCCAGAACAUCGAAAAUUCUCCUGUUCAGUCCCGUAGCCCUACAGACGAACAUCAUUUCACUCCAGCUUACAGAGACUAUCAGUCCAACAGUAAUAACCAAUCUACGAUCUCCUCCCGUAGUUCUUACAGCGGGCCCUCACUGCAGUCAACUGCUGCUACCAGUCCGUUAGAGAUUCCCAUGGCUGCCCAUCACCAUCAUUCUAAUGCAACUUCAAGUGCUGAGAAUUCUUAUACAAACGAUAAAAUAAACGAAUCUACUAUUAGCCCUGGUUCUUCCUUCCCCGGAAGGCUCCUUCCACCUUUAAGCAAUAAUAAUCACCCCAUUUCUGCCAACCCUAAUUCUUCGGAAGUCGCCUUGUCACCACGCUCAACAUCUCAUCAUUACCACCAUCAGACGUCUGAUAACAGCUAUUUCUCUUCAGCUCCAUCAAAUUCGUAUGUUCCCUUUACGCAGCAGCAGCAGCAGCAGUAUCAUCAGCCUUCCGCAUAUCCACCCCCACCGCAAGAUCGUGGUCCUUAUGGUACCCUGUUGGGCUUUGCAGAAGUGGCAGUGGGAGCUUCUACGGUUCAUGGCCGUAGGAGUCUCGAGGUAGAGGCAGCAGAGGCUUUGGCUGGCCGUAGAGGUAGUGGUAGCUCACUGAGACAUUCCGACCAUAAUAUUCGUACUUCAUCAAACCAUAUGCCUAUUAAUAGCAGUAGAACGUUCCAGGUGGAGAUUGACCCUGAACUGAGGCCCGCUUCUGCAGGAUCCGUGACUUCAACUGGGAGGACUAUUGAGGAUGAAGGUUCAAUGAGCAAUGUUCGAGAUUCCCGUUCUCUCCAGGCCCAGAGAUCUGCUUUAAUAGCCAGAUCCGUUCAUGAGCAUGCUUACAACCGGGAUACUCCUUUAUUCCUCCCAAUACCAGAGACUGCCACGCCUAGACAGGACCCUGUCGCCCCGCCUAUGGAUGCUGGACCUUCUACUAACUCUAGCACCGGCCCGUUACAUACAGUCUCGUCUCCACAUGACUUCUUGGUACAAUCUCCAAAAUGUUCUUACUGCGCCAGCUGCACCACUGGUUCCCCGCUUCGGAAAGUGGUAUCUCACAUUUUUGGGCGUAACAAACUUUCAACAAGGCAGAUCCCUAAAAACGUUUGGGUUUACUACUGCCGUAAACAUUACCAACGUUCUAGAUAUCGUAACCCAAGGGGAUUUGCUAGACAGCAGGUAUUGUUAGUCAAACGCCAAUGUGAACGUCUUGAGCUUUGGGGUGGAGUCAAGGACUGGGUGAUCAAGGUCCGCAGACGUGAGGAACUUCGGAUGAACCGCGAGGGUGGUGAAAACGGAGAGGAACUGGAGGAUGAAGAGGAGGCUGAGGAUCAUAUCGCCGGAGACGAGGAUACUGAGCUCGGUGAUGGGGGCCCAACAAGUGGAGAGAGCAGUAGGCGUAACAGCACCGCUACUCCCAGGCGUAGAAGCUCUACCGGUGGAAAUAACUGGAUCAUGCGCCAUACUGGAACGGAAAAGACCAUCAACGAUGUCUACAAACUUCUCGAAAGGAUCGAGGUGGAAGUGCAGGAGAAUGGUGGAAAGUUUCCUGAUGUAGAGCUGUUGCCGAAUGUUGAAUUGACUAUGGCGAUACCUAUCAGAGGACCUGAUGGGGAUGGGGACGAAAAUGGGAACGGCAACACUGGUGGUGAUGAUAAUCAGGAUGGUGCUGAAGAUGAAGGGAUUCCCGAUCGUACUGUUGGAAAGAAGAGGAGACGUUCUGAUGGGGGAAGUGGUAGUUCAGGCGGUGACGACACAAAAGGUACCAAAAAAGCAAAGUCGACAAGCGUCAAGAAGAGCGGCGAUAGGAAGGGCAAGGGGAAGACCCCAUCUCAUUUGGAGACUGUCCCAGAUCAAAAGUCCAGAAGCUCUCCCGCACGGCGUUGA